AGAGAGUGCGUGAAAUCCGGAUUAAGGGGAAGCGACAGCAAGGAAGUUCCCAUCUUGGGCAAUCGGAUGAUGAAGCUGGGAGGCGGGGCUGCUUUUUUUCCUGCUUCGGUGAAUCCGAGCGCAAAAUACGUAAAGUGAGACCUGCAGCGCUUCCUUAUCGGCGAGUAUAUGUUAUAAAUAGAAUCAGAAAUGACCAAUUCCAUAACACCUUCUACCUAUGUACGUUCCCUUGGCUAUGGAAUGAUGAGACAACUGGCAGAUUUCAUUGAUCCACAAGAAGGAUGGAAGAAAUUAGCUGCUGAUAUAACUGAUUCAUCUGGUGCAAAACAAUACAACCAAAUGCAAAUAAGGCGAUUUGAAGCAUUAAAACAAGUAGGAAAAAGUCCAACCUGUGAAUUACUUUAUGAUUGGGGAACAUUAAAUUGUACUGUUAGUGAUUUGGUGGACCUCCUCAUCAGAAAUCAGUUCUUGGCACCAGCAAGUCUUUUGAUUCCAGAUUCUGUAAGCAUGAGAAAAAACAUGACCCUGUCUCUAUCCUUACCGGAAACUGUACUCCUACAUAAAAAAGGACCUCUUGUAGAAGGCAAGAAAAUAUCUGAACUGCCAUCCUUGGAUCCAAAUGAAGGCCACCUAACAUCAAAUAGUUGUGAUCCGAGUUCAGAGAACAGCAGCAGUCACCUUAAUGAUACAGGAUUGAAAAGCUUCUUAUUUUAUGAACUGAAAAGUAUUACAAAUAACUUUGAUGACCAAACUCUGUCAGCUGGUGGCAACAAGAUUGGUGAAGGAGGCUUUGGAGUGGUUUACAAAGGAUGCAUCAAUGGCCAAACAGUGGCAGUGAAAAAACUUACAGCUUUGGCUGAUGUAAGUAUCAAAGACCUGAAAAAGCAAUUUGAGCAAGAAAUAAAGAUUAUGGCAAGGUGCCAACAUGAGAACUUAGUAGAAUUGCUUGGUUUCUCAAAUGAUUUUGAUCAGCCUUGCUUAGUGUAUGAUUAUAUGCCCAAAGGUUCUUUGCUUGAUAGAUUAGCUUGUCUGGACAACACUUCACCAAUACCUUGGGAAACAAGAUGCAACAUUGCUUAUGGGACAUCAAAUGGAAUCUCUUUCUUGCAUGAAAAUAAUCACAUUCAUCGAGAUGUUAAAAGUGCAAAUAUUUUACUAACAGAAACAUUUGUGCCAAAACUUUCUGACUUUGGGCUUGCAAGGACAUCGGUAAGAUUUACACAUACUAUUCUAACAGAUAGAAUAGUUGGGACAGCAGCUUAUAUGGCUCCAGAGGCAUUAAGAGGGGAGAUAACUCCUAAAUCGGAUAUCUUCAGUUUUGGCGUGGUAUUACUUGAAAUAAUAACUGGGCUUAGUCCUAUGGAUGAAAAUCAAGAUCCCCAGUUACUGCUGUCCAUCAAGGAGGAAAUUGAAGAUGAAGAAAAGACUAUUGGACAUUAUGUUGAUAAAAAAAUCAGCAACAGGAACAUCACUUCAAUUGAACAGAUGUAUUCAAUUGCUUCGCAGUGUCUGCAUGAGAAGAAGAACCGGAGGCCAGAUAUUGAAAGGGUCAAAGAACAUUUAAAAGAAAUGUUGAUCGAAUGAGGUCAGUUCUGUAUCUUGGUGUUUAAACAACAAACCUGUUUUUAUAUCCUAACUUAAAUAUUUCUGUCCCUUUAUUAUUGUUAUUCAGUGUUUUUUUAAAUUAACACAAUAAGGUUUGUGGCCCUUUUAUUAUCUAUUCAUAAAUUAGGCUCUACAAUAUAGUGAUAAAAAUGUGCAACAAAGAUCACAUUAUCUUGUCUUUUUAAAUCAUGUGUGUUUCUAUUGUAUAUUCUAAACCAAAUACAAUUUAUGUUAAAAAAAACCCACUUUCUCUUUUCUAGUAUGCUUGUUUUCCCUUAGCAAAUUUCUUUAAACUGAGUGUAUCCUAAAUUAAUUUCGCCUUUAGAGUUUUAUUAUUAAAAAUCGGUUUUUACUAUAAUCUU